UGCUUAACAGGGCUUCGAGGUUAAAGCACCCGGCCAGGAGUUGAUCGUCCAAUCGCAACGCGCUCACUUAUGAGGCAACGCACCAACAAGUGUCAGUAUUUGUUCCCCUCUUUCUCUUGAAGAGGUGCCGAGGACUUAAAGAUGUAAGUGCAAGAACAAUCUUGUGAUUUUUGCCAAGUCACAUCCAAUCAACAUAAGAGCUAGGUAGCUCCUCUCUCUCCUUUGCUCUCACCUGUUCGAGUCUCUUCUGGAUUGCGCUGUUUCGUGUUCGGCUUGUGUUGUUGACUAUUAGGUCUGUGUCUCGUCAACAUGAGAUUUUCCUUGGAAAUCAUCGGCUUUGCUAUGCUGCAGGUAGCCUCCGCCCUGGCCGUUCCAGUCAGCCACAACCUCUCACCUCGCGCUACAGUUCUCCCACCAACUGAAGAUCCUUUCUACACACCACCAGAUGGACUGGCCGACGAAGAACCUGGAACCAUUCUUCGCACCAGGUCUAUUGGCGAGUUGUCGUUCCAAGGCGUUGUUCCAUUUACAGCCAAUGCCUCAUAUCAACUUAUGUAUCGAACAACCGACAGUCUCGGGAACGCUUCAGCAGCAGUCACAACUAUCAUCGUACCUGAAAAUGCCAACACUUCGAGAGUGCUAUCUUAUCAAUUCGCCGAAGACGCUGCGUGGCUUAACUGUGCUCCAUCAUAUGUGGUUCAACUAGGUUCCGAUCCAGACAAUUUCGGCUCCAAUGGUCUCGAGACUCUAUUCAUCAUCGCAGCUCUCGAUCAAGGCUGGAUAGUCAAUCUCCCAGAUUAUGAAGGUCUCCAGUCAGCUUUCACGUCAGGUAUACAGGCUGGCCAAGCAACACUCGACUCUGUUCGUGCAGCCCUGGCCUCUGGGAACUUGACUACAAUUUCUCCUGAAGCCGAAUACCAAAUAUGGGGCUAUUCAGGAGGUUCUCUAGCCUCUGAAUGGGCAGCCGAGCUCCAGCCAACAUACGCACCGGAACUGAAUUUCAAAGGCGUUGCUCUUGGCGGUCUUGUUCCCAACGUCACUUCCAUCCUGUUGACAAUCAACAAGAGUCUCUUCGCUGGGCUCAUCCCAGCUGGAAUUCUCGGCCUAGGAAAUGCUUAUCCGGAGCUGGAAGCUUAUAUCAAUGAGCACCUUUACCCUGCAAACGCUUCGACGUUCAAAGAAGCACUUACACAGUGCUUGGCCCAAGAUACCAUCACUUAUGCCGGCCAAGAUCUAUUCUCUUACUUCGACGAAGGAGAGGCAACGUUGUUUACUCCCAUCCCGCAAUCUGUUCUUGCUGCUACAGGUCAAAUGGGCGCGCAUGGAACUCCUCAGAUGCCCGUCUAUGCCUACAAAGCUAUUGCGGACGAGAUCUCGCCCGUUGCAGACACGGAUGAGCUGGUAGCUAAACUUUGUGCUCAAGGUGCUAAUAUACAGUAUGUACGAGAUAGGCUGGGAGAGCAUGCUACUGAAGAGAUUACUGGUUCUGGUGAUGCUUUUGGGUUCUUGGUUGAUAGGUUUAAUGGUGUGGAGGUAACGCCGGGUUGUACGACAACGGAUGUGUUAAGUGAUACGCUGAGUGGGUCGGGAUUGGUGUAUCUGGGGACUGAGGUCGUUGAUGCAUUGUUGGCUAUAUUGGGAGAGCCUGUUGGUGAUUAUAUAGAUUAAAGCUGCGUGGGAGUUUGAAUUGCAAGUCAGUGUCGUCUCAAGGACUGGUCAUGUGACAUUAAUCUUGCAAACUCUCCCCAA